AUGGCGAGAGCCGGCGACGACGAGGUCGGAAGAUCUUUUGAGAAGGGGGGACAGGGUCGGGCGAGGAUGAGAAUGCUCUCGAGGGAAAAAGAUCGCGAUUAUCCCGUGGAUUGGUCUAACCCUAAGGCGAAGUCACCCAUUAGAAUGAAAAAAAGGCUAUCUGGCAAAGACGACCUCAUUGAUGCCAUUAUUCCCAAACACUUUGGUGUCGGAUGCCGUCGUCCAACGCCGGGAAAUGGUUUUCUCGAAGCUCUGACGCUACCGCAAACCCACGUCUUCACAAAAGAAAUGCAAAAGGUUACCGAGAAAGGCUUUGUUGAUUUCGAAGGGGUAGAGCAUGAGGUUGAUCUUAUCGUCUGUGCUUCAGGCUUUAACACCAGUUGGAGAUCCCGUUUCCCAAUCAUUGCACAUGGCAAAAACGUCCAAGACCACUUCGUAGGGAAGCCCACGUCAUACCUGGGGAUUGCGAUACCUGGCUUCCCAAACUACUUCACGGGAAUUGGUCCUUAUGGUCCACUCGGUCAUGGGUCUUUCCUUCCUGUUCUCGAACUCGUAUAUCAUUAUUUUAUUCAAGUCAUCAGAAAGUUCCAGCGUGAGAAUUUCAAGUCACUUCAACCACGCAAGGAAGUGGUGGACAAAUUUGUUGAGCAUGCAGAUCUAUUCAUGAAAAGAACGGCUUGGACAGGACCGUGUCGGAGUUGGUUCAAACAAGACAAAGUCGACGGAACUGCUGCAAUCUUUCCGGGGACAAGAUUGGUAUUCUUUGAUGUGCUGUCAUCGCCACGUUUCGAAGAUUAUGAGAUUGAAUACCAAAGCGGAAACCCAUUCAACUGGCUAGGCAAUGGGUUUGCUUUAUGUGAGUUCAAUGGCGGUGAUCUUUCUUACUAUCUUGGAAAUGCUGAGAAUCCGGGUGGGAUGUUGCCACCGCAGCCCAAGACGCCCCUGGAUGCAGGACGGGUGAAGGACCCCGUUAGUGUAAGCAUGGCAGCAUUGCCAAAAUACACUGUUAUUUAG